AGCCUCCUUCCCGUCGUGCCCCGCGCGCGGCCUAGUCCGGUUGCCAUGGAGCGCGCGGCGGUGCUCCGCGUGAAGAGGAAGCGCGGAGGCCCUCUCCCAGUGGAGGCCCUGGUUCUGGCCUGCAAGCGGCUCCGCACCGAGGCAGGUACCGCCGCCCCAGCCGAUCAGCAUGACGUGGAGGAGAACCUUUUCAAGCUGGUGGCCACCCUGACCUCAGAGGAUGAGCCUGUCCAGAAGUAUGUCCAAGAUGCUAUGACCAAAGAGAAAGCCGCCCAGCUUCUGCGACCCUCCCGAGGAAGCGCCCAGAGAGUGAUCGAGGACCUUCGCUCUUCCAAAAGAGCCGAGAGGCAAGAAAGUCGCUAUCGCCUGGUUGCCAGCCAUCGUCCGAAUUUCACUGAUGGAGAAAAUGCUGUCGGCGAUACAAAUGGGGAGAAGUUAAGUGAAAGCAACCGCUUGGACUCUGGAACUUCUCAGCAAGAAACCUCUGAGAUCUCAGGCUGUUCUGGUGGAUUCCAGUUGUUUGAUAUCAUACAAGAAGAUGAAGAGGAGAAAGACCCUGUUUUGCAGAAGCCAGAUGAUCCGGAUGUGAUUCUCUGCAAUGCUGUAGAGAUGAUUCGUGAGCGUUUAGUAGUGUCUGACCCUAAAACAGAAGAAGAGCCGAGUUCAAAAGACGGAGACUACGUUUAUGAUAUCUACUAUAUGAAAACGACGUCCCCAGGUUGGAUUGAAAACAUUCUGUCCGUACAACCCUACACUCAAGAUUGUGAGCUGGUGGAUGAGGAGCGCAUCUCUGAAGAAAUAUAUGAGGACGAGGAUGAUGAAAACAAUGAGAAUAACUGGCGCAACGAGUACCCUGAUGAAGAUGAUUUUCCUGAGGGAGAUGAAGAUGAGUCCGAGAAUGGAAGCAUCAGCGAUGAAGACUGUGGUUAUAUCAGGAGAACGUGGGAGAAAUAUCAGUCAGAUGUCUUACGGGAGUUUGAGUACGAUGGCUUGGAAGAGCUGGAUUCUGAGUAGUUUGCUCAUUCUGUGACAAGACCGCCUCAGAUGUUCUAGGCAUCACAACUCUGCCAGUAAUAUUAUUUGUAUACAGUGAGUACUAUAUUUCUUUCUCCCAUAAGUCUUGAUGGCUUAGCUAUAGCACUGAGCAUGGAGAUGGGAAAUAUUUGGAAAAAUAUGAGACAUCCUUCUGAAGUUAGAAAGGAUAUUUCAGUCAAUUCCUGAAAGACAUCUUAAACUUUUCGGAUGAACUACAACACAACUAGAAAUACUUACAGAGCCAAGGAUGUGUGUUUUGACAGACCUUUGUGUUUGGUGACGUAAAUUAAUCCUUGUAACAAGACCGUUGCUCAUUCUGUGUGGACCUUUGCACUUUAGUAUUACUGGGUUUCCAAGUAAUACACAUGUUUUGGACUUUGAUAUGUAAAUAAAAGGUAGUUUUCA